AGCCCAGGCGCGGGGAGCCCAUUGGUGCCGGACGUUGCGUGGCCGCGACGCUUCAGGCCCGGGCUUCCGGGCGCUCGGGCUCCUCGCAGCCGGCCCCGCAGACCUCGGCCCGGCGCGCAGCUGAAUGUCCUUAAGUUUCAUCCAUGCUGCAACAUGUGACAAGAUUUCCUUCCUUUGUAAGGCUGAAUAGUAUUCCAUUAUUCUUUGACUCUGCACAUAUAGACAAGUCUCUGUUCCUGGCUCAUCAUGGCUUCAACUUCAAGCAGCUUCACUGUUGGGAGAGGUGCCAGUUCAAAGGCAAAGUCUGCGAAGCUGCUCGAGGUUCUGAAUGCACUGGAGGAGAAGGAGGAGGAGCGCAGCCACAGCAGGCAGGAGAUCUUCAUUGCGCCACCUGACAGUGCCUCAGGGGACUUCACUGACGAGGACUCAGGGGAUGAAGGUGGCCGACGAGGCUUCCACCUGCCCGGCAGCGUCCUGCAUGCCUCCGUGGUGCCUGAGGACUCUGGCGCAGAGGAGGAGGAGGAGAAGGAGGAGGAGGAGAAGGAGGAGGAGGAGGAGGAGGAGAAGGAGCAGCUGUUGCAGCCGGCCUUGAAGAGACAGAGGGCAGUGGUGGAGCCUCGGCGUAUUUGGACCAAGAGAGAUAUCCAAGCUGACUUCUGCAGCUGGACUGCAUCCGAUCCUCACAUAGAGGAUCUCAAGAGCCAGGAACUGAGUCCUGUUGGCCUCUUUGAGUUGUUUUUUGAUGAAGGAACAAUUAGUUUCAUUGUUAAUGAAACCAAUCGUUAUGCUUGGCAGAAAAAUGUCAACCUGGGGCUCACAGCCCAGGAAUUAAAGUGUGUUCUGGGCAUUUUGAUUUUAAGUGGGUAUAUAUCCUAUCCAAGGAGAAGGAUGUUUUGGGAAACCUCUCCUGAUUCCCAUCAUCAUCUUGUGGCUGAUGCAAUCAGAAGGGACAGGUUCGAAGUGAUCUUCUCCUACCUGCAUUUUGCAGAUAACAAUGAGCUGGAUGAAAGUGAUAGGUUUGCCAAAGUCAGGCCUCUCAUCGUCCGGAUGAAUUGCAAUUUCCAGAAGCACGCACCCUUGGAAGAGUUCUACAGCUUUGGAGAGUCCACGUGUGAGUACUUUGGGCACCGGGGAUCCAAGCAGCUGCCUGCAGGGAGGCCCAUGCAGCUGGGCUACAAGAUCUGGUGUGGGACAACCAGCAGGGGCUACCUGGUGUGGUUUGAGCCCUCACAGGGCACGCUGUUCACCAAAUCAGACAGGGGUCUGGACCUAGGAGGCAGUAUGGUGGUGAAGUUUGUGGAUGCGCUUCAGGAGCGUGGCUGUCGGCCUUACCACAUAUUUUUCGACAAGGUUUUUACAAGUGUCAAACUCCUGUCCAUUUUGAAGAAAAAGGGGGUGAAGGCCACAGGAACUGUUCAUGAGUAUAGGACUGAGCGAUGUCCCCUCAAAGAUCCCAAGGAACUUAAGAAAAUGAAGAGAGGUUCAUUUGAUUAUAAAGUCGAUGAGAGCGAGGAGAUUAUCGUGUGCCGCUGGCACGAUGGCAGUGUGGUCAACUUCUGCUCCAAUGCUGUGGGCAUAGAGCCGGUGGGGCUGACCAGCCAUCCUUCAGGAGCAGCCAAAACACGGACCCAGGUCCAUCAGCCCUCUCUGGUGAAGCUGUACCAGGAGAAGGGGGGCGGUGUCAGUCGGAUGGACCAGAACAUUGCUAAGUACAAGGUGAAGAUCCGGGGCAUGAAGUGGUAUUCAAGCUUCAUUGGCUAUGUCAUCGAUGCCGCCCUGAAUAAUGCCUGGCAGCUGCACAGGAUCUGCAGCCAUGAUGCCCAGGUGGACCUCCUGGCCUUCCGGAGAUAUGUGGCCUGUGUGUACCUAGAGAGCAAUGCUAACGUGUCCUCCCAAGGGAGGCGAAGCAGGCGGCUAGAAACUGAGAGCCGCUUUGACAUGAUUGGGCACUGGAUCGUCCACCAGGACAAGAGGACCCGGUGUGCCCUCUGCCACUCACAGACCAACACACGCUGUGAAAAAUGCCAGAAGGGUGUCCACGCCAAGUGCUUCAGGGAGUACCAUAUCCGGUGAUGCACGAGGGCCAGAGGGAGCCCUGUGGAUGUUUGGUUUAUAAUGAGAUUUUACAGCUACUUACAUAUAGUAGAUGGAGCACCUGAUUUUGUGUUGGGAAAAAGAGACCUGAAUCCCUCAUUAUUUGCUUUUGUAUUUUCUCCGUAUCUCGGUUACACUUCUCUUUUUAUUGUCUUCUGUGAUGCCCACAUGUAAUAUAAAUUAGUAUUUAUAU